AUGACUGCGCUUCCUCUGGAGCUUGUACAGAUAAUCAUACCCGAGACCAUUGACGGGAGGGACUUGAAGGUCUGGAAGAAUCUCUGGCCGUCCCUACGACGCCUCUUUUUGCAUUCGACCAAGAAGCACUCUGACAAAACUUAUAUUGUAUAUGAGAAAGAGCGUUACACCUUCCAGGAGACAUUGGAGAAGGCAGUCAAAUGCGCUGCUAUCCUCAGAGAUGUUUACGGCGUUAGGAAAGGGGAUCGAGUAACGAUCUGCUCUCACAAAUUGUCCGAAUUACUUGGUAAGCUGCCUGGCGCUAAACAAGUUUCCUCGGAGGUAUUGGGCGGUAUUGAUCCAUACGCUGACCCACCCGAUAGAGAAGGCUGGAUCACCGGCAUUACCGACGGUACCGUUUCUUCCAAUCGACUUCCGCUCGCUUAA